AUGUCGCAGGUCAUCAGCAGCGGCGACAAGGUCAGCAAACGAUGCCUCCGAGCCUGCGCGCGAUGCCGCGACAUGAAAGUCCGGUGCUCUGGUACCAUGCCAUGUGUCCGCUGCCAGCGGAAGAAGGAGGAGUGCUAUUUCCGCGCUGAGGAUGCGCGUAUCACCGUCUCGCAGAGUUAUCUGCAGUCCCUGGAGACCAGAGCGUCUACCGACAACCGUGGGGACCUGCGGUCCAUCUUGCGGCCCUCCUCGCCACGGAGGCAGACGGCCCUGUCGCCGCCACAGUCCACCGUCAUGUCUAGGCACGGGAGCAGCAUAGGGCCCCGGGCGAUGCCAGACAGCCGCCACGGGUCGACGGUCACGACGAACGCCAGCUUAGGCAGCCGCGAUGGCACGACGCCCGGGUCGUUGCACCUCCCGGAGCCCACGCAACGUAGGACGUUUGGCCCCGACGACAGAGAUACCAGUACUAAUCGCGACUCCUCCCCCCAUGGCUUCCGCCAGAAUCCUCUCGUGGACAAUGGCGAGACGUUCGCCCGCGACUCCAACGGCAAAUUUUGGUACAUGGGACCCACCUCCUCCUGGGCGUUCUGCCGUCGUGUUCUGGCCAUCAUCGGUGCUGGCAAGGGCUCUGGCAUGGAGAUGCCUCCAGCCCGAAGCCCGGUCAACCCAUGGGAUCUCGAGACGCUGCACCUCACCUGGGACCCCAUAGGCGCCAACGAGCAGCCGAGCGUCGACAACCUCCCCUCGCGAGACUAUGCGAGCUAUCUUGCUCACACGGUCAAGUACCACCUCGGAUCACUGUACGACAUUAUCGAUCACGACUCGUUCCACCAGCAGAUGCGCGACUUUUAUCACAACCCGCAGGAGGUGGCCAACGAGUCGCGCUACUGGUACUCGCAAUUCCUAUUCAUGCUUGCGUUCGGCGAGGCGUUCAGUCCGACGGAGAGCUCGGAAGCAGGCACCCUACCCGGCAUGAGCUACGCCUCACGGGCACUGGCACUGAUCCCAGCGCUCGUGCCCAUUGACAAGGCAUCCAUGCCUGCCGUUGAAGCGCUCUGCCUCGCGGCGCUGUACCUACAGGCAGUGGACCUGCGACUCAUGGCGUUCCAGCUGAUCGGUCAAGCACUCCGUAUCUCGGUCAUUGAAGGCUGGCAUCGUCACGUACCGCCCGAGGACGUCGGCUUGCGGUACUCGCAGCGCUGCAACACCAUCUUCUGGACGGCGUACAUCAUGGACCGCGAGUUUGGCACGCUGGUCGGUGCGCCGAGCUCGAUCCGCGACGAAGAUAUUACGACCAAACUCCCCUCGAUGAUAGAAGACUCGCCAAGGGCAACUGCCCUGUCACUGCAGAUCAGGCUGUCGCGGCUGACAGCGUCCAUCCUGACCGGCGUCUAUGGCGUGGAUAGACACUUUAACGAGUCUCUGAUUCGCGACACGCAGUCUGUCCUACAGGACCUGGCGCACGUCUCGCGAGACCUGACCACCUACAUGGAGCAAGAGCUCAAGGGCACGGACGUCAGCACGUCCAAGAUCGCCACAAGGCUCAUUCUCUCCUACCACCACUGCGUUGUCUUGACGACGAGGCCGCUGGUUAUGUGUGUGCUCCAGAGGCGACUGGCGCAUGGCGACACGGACAACUCGAUCCCCGAAGGGCCCAUUGCCGCUCUGCUACAGGCCUGCUCCAGCUCGGCCCUGAACAUCCUGAGAACGGUGGCCAACCUCGGCGACAGGAACCUGGUCGACUCGUUUCUGCCGUUCCAGCUCGAGUCCUCCUUCUCGUCCGCCUUCCUGCUCUACGUCCUCGACACGGUGUCACCCGACUUUAUCCAGGACGAGACCUGGCUCAGCACCACGCGUCACAUCUUCAACAUUAUGAUCAGCCGCCGCAGCCCGGCGGCGGCCCUACGGAAACGCGAGUUUGCGCGUCUCGAGGAGGUUAUGAGCGACUACAUACGGGGUCGCGACCCAGAGCACCACGAGAGGAUAUAUGCGCACGAGUACACCGAGAAUGCUCCACUACAGCCGCACCAACAUCAUCAGCAGUCACAGGGCCAGCAUCAACAACCGCAUCAACAAUCCCAGGUGCCGCUUCAGCACAUCUCACAACAUUACCACCAUACCCAGAAUCACCAUCCCCAUGCCCCACAGUCCAUGCCAGCGGGGAACAAUGGAUCGGACGAGAUGGAUCACGAGACGUGGGAUCUACUGGGGAGCUACAAUAAUUUUGGCAUGUCACCAACGGAAAUGCUGAAUCUCGCUGAUGAUCUCCAGGUGGAGGACUUUAUGAUGCCCGAGUAA